AGCAUUUGCUAAGUCUUCUUCUUCGUCACCAUACGCGUCUCCACGCGCAUACGACUCCUCCAAGCUCCUCGCCUUCAAUUCAAAGGUACUCUCUCUCUCUCUCUCUCUUGCAUUUUCUACUUCAUUCAAAUUCACGAAAUCCUGUAUUGCUUUUCGCACGAUCGGUUUGGUUGCUGUGAGAAGUCGGGAAAAGGAAAGAAAAUGAUGGCUCUUUGAGUCUCACGUUUUGUUCCGUGGUGUCUCACUGUCUCAAUUUUCGAAUACGGAGUAGGGAGGUGAAUAAACUGAGUUGUCGCAAUUUCCUGUUUGGUUGCUCGAAAAAUACGGGAAAAGAAUCGGAACACAAUGGAAGAGGAAAAUUUAUAGUGUCAUGUUUUAGGGCGAGGCUUUGGGAAUUUGAGGUUUUGAAGGGUUUGGAGGUUAAGUUGUUAGGGUUUUGAAAGGGCUGUGAAAGAUGAGUGACAAUUUGAUGGAGAAAGUGAGCGCUUUUGGUGAGCGCUUGAAGAUUGGAGGGGCCGAGGUGGGGCGAAAGAUGAGUGCAGGCAUGACCUCUAUGAGCUUCAAAAUGAAGGAGCUCUUCCAAGGGCCGAACCAAGUUGACAAGCUUGUUGACGAUGCCACUGCAGAGACCCUCGACGAGCCUGAUUGGGCCUUGAACCUUGAACUGUGUGACAUGAUCAACACUGACAAGAUCAGUAGUAUUGAACUACUCCGAGGUAUCAAGAGGCGGAUCAUGAUUAAGAACAACCCCAGGGUGCAGUAUUUGGCUUUGGUGUUGCUUGAAACUGUUGUCAAGAAUUGUGAAAAAGCAUUCUCAGAGGUGGCUGCUGAGCGGGUGCUUGAUGAGAUGGUGAAGCUGAUUGAUGAUCCGCAGACUGUGGUCAAUAAUCGCAACAAGGCUUUGGUCUUAAUUGAAGCAUGGGGCGAGUCUGCUAAUGAACUUCGGUAUUUGCCUGUUUAUGAAGAAACAUACAAGAGUUUAAAGUCCAGGGGUGUUCGGUUCCCUGGUCGCGAUAAUGAGAGUCUGGCACCUAUAUUUACCCCUCCUCGUUCAAUUACGGCUUCAGAACUGAAUGUUAGUCUUGCUCAGGAAACGCAUCGUGAUAUUCCCAUACAAAGCUUUUCAGCCGAGCAAACAAAGGAAGCAUUUGAUGUGGCACGAAACAGCGUUGAACUUCUUACCACAGUUAUAUCUUCUUCACCCCAACAAGAUGUUCUGAAGGAUGACUUGGCAACCACACUUGUCCAGCAGUGCCGCCAAUCCCAAUACACUAUUCAAAGAAUCAUUGAGACAUCUGGAGAAAAUGAGGCGCUGCUCUUUGAAGCCUUGAAUGUUAAUGAUGAGAUCCAGAAAGUCCUCUCCAAGUAUGAAGAGCUGAACAAGCCAUCUGUAGCUCACACCGAGCCAGAACCUGCGAUGAUCCCUGUUGCUGUUGAGCCUGACGAAUCACCCCGUCUUGGAAAAGAAGAUGCAUUGAUUAGAAAACCUGCUGGUUCACGGAGUGGCGCUCAGAAGGGGAGUAAUGAUGAUGUGAUGGAUGAUCUUGACGAGAUGAUCUUUGGCAAGAAAGCUGGAGGCAGUUCUGAAGGGGGGAAUGAUCCAAAGAAGCAGCAUCCAUCAAAUGAUGAUCUUAUCUCCUUUUGAGUUUCCAUACAGAAAGAUUUCAUAUUUUAUUUUUUUAAAAAAAUGAAGUCCUUUGCCUUGUCGAUGUCAAGCAGUUGAUAAACACAAACGUUUUAUAGCUGAAAGCCUACCUUUAUGAACAGGACCGGAGACUUUUGUCGAGUUUCACAUACCAUUGUUUCUACACAUUUUGUGUAAUUAUUGUCUUGGGUUUGCCACAUAAUUGCUUGCCAGGAUGCAUAAAAAUGGAUUUACGACGGACAUAUUUAAUUAGUAUGGAUCUGAUUUUUAAUGCAAUGCCAAUGCCAUGAUCUUGUUCCA